CCAGACCAGACUUAUCGGUUCGACCGACGAUUUUAAAAGGCUAAAAAAAAGCUAGAUCUAAAAAUACCGCUCUAAUUACCGCUCCAAAUAUGUCAAAUAUACGAGUUGUAAAAUGACCUCACAAGAAACGCAGACUGAGGGUGCACGUAGGAGGGUCACCCUUCCACCUUCGACACCAGAUAAAGAUACACCAUCCAAAAAAGGCAGCGAUGAGCCCAACAGAAUUUCGCACACAGAGUUCCAAAAAAGAGUAACAUCGGACAGAAGCGAUGAGGCGGUCUUCAGCUGCCAAUUCGAAGUGUUCGGGAUUGUGCAAGGCGUUUCAUUUCGAAUGUACACCUUGCGAAGAGCUCAAAAGCUGGGAGUCCGUGGUUGGUGCAAAAACACCAACGAGAAUACUGUGAAGGGCGAAAUUCAAGCACACCGAAAUUCCUUUGAGUCCAUGCGCCUCUGGCUAAAGCACACCGGCAGCCCCACCAGUCGAAUUGACAAAUGCAUUUUCAGUGAGACUACAGAACUUGCAGAAUUCACGUUCACCAACUUCACCAUAGUGGUGGAUUAGUUAGUUGUUCUUUAAAGCUAAAAUUAAUCUAGAAACGGAAUUCAAUUUUUCUUAUACACGCUUAUACAGUAUUUGGAUGAGUUAAAAUUUUUCUUUUGUUAUAAAAUUAAAUCUAACUAAAAUGCAAUGCGCAGAAA